UGGUGGCAGGGGUCAAACCGUAUUGCGCAUGCUUAGAUUGCCUUUUUCGGUUAGAGAUUGCAAACUGUCAGAUCAGCGGAGCGUGCAUCCCCUUAAUACCUUCUAAUAUUUCACAGCACUUUCUUCCCCUAGUCUGUCAUCAGAUUGGGAGUGUCAUCAGAUUUGGAUUCUAACUUUUCGACUUCUGUAGUUGAAGGAAAAGGCAAAGAAUGACGAGCAAUUUAAAGCGGAAAGAAGAAAGUCAACUGCUGAAUGGCGAUGUAAAGCAGCCCACAUGGAGCAAAGCCUUCAACAGUACUGCUGUUUGGGAGGAGAAGGACGAGUUUUUAGAUGUGAUAUACUGGAUUCGGCAAAUAAUUGCAGUAAUCCUUGGUGUGAUAUGGGGUGUUGCACCGUUGAAAGGAUUCCUGGGAAUAGCCAUAUUCUGCAUCAUCAAUGCUGGCGUCCUGUAUGUAUACUUCAGCAGCUUUCAGCAGAUUGAUGAAGAAGAGUAUGGUGGCACGUGGGAACUCACCAAAGAAGGCUUCAUGACAUCUUUUGCUCUGUUUCUGGUGGUGUGGAUAAUCUUUUACACAGCUCUACAUUUUGACUGAGAGGAAUCCAGAGGACACUAAAUACAAACAUUUCUGUUGAAGUAAAUUGUUAAGACUGAGGAACUCCAUGGCUUGAGGGGUGUCAACACUCCUACAUACAGUAUGACUUUUCAGUGUGCAGUGCAUCAUGGGAAUCCUAGUUCGAUUAACAAGAUCCUGCAAUACCACCGUGAUGAAAAUGUUCAAACAAUGUACAUCUCUCUAAUUUGGGGGUUCCUUUUCAAGGCACUCUUCAUUACACGUCCCAAAUGUUUAAAUGUCCUUCCUCGCUACAUCAUCAUCAUCAUCACCUCUGACAAAACACUAACAAAUAGUUCACCUGAGGAUGGUUGCAGUUCUAUUUAUGAUGGGAAAGUAACGAUGUAAAUCAGAAUAUGGAUUCUUUAGUAUUCUUUGGUUUACUACAGGCCCUUUCCUUUGUUUUAGAAAAGUGACAUGAAUGCAGAUUUUAGACAAUAUAGUCAUCCAAGUUUACUGCUCACUUAAGUAACAGGAAGUGGUUAAUAAGAACAAGGUGAGGUUGUAUGGUUAUGAGGGUUCAGGCAGUCCAUAAAUGUCAAGCGUUACCUUUUUAAUUUAAGGGCAAAACGCAUCAUAUUGGAUGUAUACAACUACCAGAAAAGGAUUUUUAAUGCGUUUUCACUGGUAAAUCCCCACCCUCUGAAAUUUCUCUCCAACAUUGACCUUUUUAAGAUAAUAAUCUGGACAAGGUAAAUUAGUAAAAUGAAGGUGCCAUGGUAGUAAAGCCACACUGUAGGAUCCCAUUUAGGCCAUUUGUCUGUGGUUUUAAUGGUGGAGUCAUCUGUUUUCAAAACAUUGAGAGUUGACUCUGAGCUUCCAUGUUUUGUUUUUUUUCUAACUGAAUAUAAACACUCUUUUUGAAUAAAAUCUGUCAUUUGUUAUUUCUUUUAGACGGUCUGGUGUCCAACAAAUGUGAAAGGUCACAGCAAUCCCCAGUUGAAAUGUCACUCCUGCUAAUUUUAACAUCAAAAACAAAUGCUGGUUGGUAAUAUACACAUAUCUGCUGAUACUCAAUCCUGAACAGUAUCUGCCAACUGUUACUUCAACCAGGAACUAAUAACCAUAUUUAAUUAUCUGUCCAUCCAAAUAAUUUCCUCAGAGCAUAGAGGGAGGCAACGUGCAUGCCGUUUUCAGAUGCAAACGUUCACAGAUUUAAGCUAUAAACUGGUCUGUGCACUGCCAUGACUUGCUGUUUGUGUAUCUUGAUGUCAUUUAUUAAUGGCAUUAGUUAGGAGGGUAGAAAUAAUUUUAAUGUAUUUUCUUUUCACAUGUAGUUUCCAGAUCAAAGUCUUACCUGUUUUAAAAUUAAUUUAAACGUGUGUGUUAAUUCUGUACAAUGUCCCUUUUGUCAAAUCCACCUUGUAUUACGCAGAUUUAUUUGUACUUAUGUUAUAUCUUGUUUGAUGUAACAUAUUUCUCAGUAUUUUAUAGUGAAAAACUUUUAAAAACAGUUCUUGCAAAGUUAUUGUAAUGAUACUGUUAUAUUAGGUAUGCAGCUGUUGUUUGAAAGGAUUGUAUUUUCUGAUCAAAUCUUUUGGGAAUCAUUAAACAUGGGCUUCAUUUGGCCUCCAUUUUCAAAGA